CAAGCGAAUCAACCAUCGUGUGCUGAUGAUUGUCAAAUAGAUGAUUUUAAUACUGAAAUGAAUGAUGGUAAUCAAAUAGAUGAAAAUUCUCAAAUUGAUGAUGAUACUCAAAGUCAUUAUAAUAUUCAGAAUGAUGAUACUCAAAUUGAUGAUAUCGAAAUAGAUGAUGUUGAAGGAACUGAUAUCGAAGAUGAAGAUGAAAACGAUAUUUUCAAAGCUAUAAGGUGGACACAGUUGUUUUAUGGAACAAUGGAUGAAGUAAUGGGUGCUUCUGAAGUUGAAUCAGUAACAUCUUUGGACUCGGGUGUUCAUAUUGACCGAGGAUUUUGUUCUUGGCUGACAGCUAUUUUUAGAAUUAAGGAUGAAAGUAUUCUUCGGAAAUGUGGAUAUGAUGCUGUACAGUACCUCUCUUUUCAGAGGCACAUUAUAUUUUAUAUGUUGAUCGUAAUGGUGAUUUCUUUGACUGUGGUUUUGCCAGUCAAUUUUCAAGGACAGUUGGAAGGUGACGAAAAGACCUUUGGACACACCACUCUUCACAACUUAGAUCCCAAUUCUCCAUAUCUAUGGAUACAUGUAACAUUGGCGAUUCUGUACCUUCCUUUAGGUAUUAUAAUUAUGAGACACUUUUCUGUGUCCAUGAAAAUAGAAGAUAAAGAAACAAAUGUAUCACGAACAUUAAUGAUUACUAAUAUUCCCAAGAAUAAUUGCGACUCUGCAGAUCUUCAUCGACAUUUCAGAGAAAAAGUGUAUCAAGCAAAAUUGUACUGUGAAAACUACUUGAAAAGCACAGGCAUGAGAUUAGAUAUGCGGCCAUAUGCUUGUGGAAAUGCUUGUGGCUGUUGUGAUAUUUUUGGGUGUCCAACAGUUGAUGCCAUUGAGUACUACACUGAAGAGGAGGCUCGUUUGAAUGAAGCUGUGGACACUGAAAGAGCGGCCUCAUUGAAGCACCCCCUGGGGAUAUCGUUUGUUACUCUUGUGUCUGUGAGUGCGGCUAAAAAGGUUUUCUCUGACCACCAGCCAACAUGUAAGUGUUCGCACAACCCUCCAAGUUCAAGUUUGAGUCGUCAGCUGGAGCCCCACAAUUGGCAAGUGCAGUUUGCUCCAUCACCUCAAGACAUUUACUGGGAAAAUUUAUCAGUUCCAUCAAAUUACUGGUAUAUUAAAGCAGUUAUUGUCAAUUUAUUUCUAUUUAUUGUUCUCUUCUUUUUGACAACACCGGCAAUUGUUGUUAGUUUGCUGGAAACAUUGAAAGUGUCUCACAAGUUGGAAAACAUGAGCCCUAUCCUUUCCGAGUUCCUGCCCACCCUCCUAUUGUGGACGGUUGCUGCCCUCUUGCCAGUGCUGGUGUCCUAUUCAGACCAAUGGCUUUCUCAUUGGACACGUUCAGAACAAAACCAUUCCAUCAUGAGGAAGACCUUCUUCUUCCUGCUGUUCAUGGUUCUUAUCUUGCCGUCUCUUGGCUUCACAAGUGCGCAGGCUUUUGUGGAUUGGACAAUUCAUGCCCAUAAUGAAACCUAUCGAUGGGAGUGCCUGUUUAUGCCAGACAAAGGAGCCUUUUUUGUCAAUUAUGUUACAACGUCUGCCUUCAUUGGGACAGGAUUGGAGCUGAUUCGCUUUCCUGAAUUAUUUGUUUAUGCAGUUAGAUUGUGUUUGGCCAGAUCAAAAGCAGAAACGGCCAGCGUGCGCAAGGCCAUUCUGUGGGAAUUUCCCUUUGGAGUGCAGUAUGCAUGGAUGCUUCUAAUUUUUGCUAUGACAGUUGUUUACAGUUUAUCAUGCCCUCUAAUAACACCAUUUGGUGUCCUCUACAUGCUUUUAAAACAUUCUGUUGAUCGCUAUAACUUGUAUUUUGCUUAUGGGUCUUCAAAGAUUAGCCCCCGUAUUCAUGCCAGUGCUAUAAACAUUGUUAUAAUGUCAAUAUCUCUUCUACAAUUAAGUUUUAUGAUGCUUUCAUAUUUAAGAAGAGGUUUUAACGAUAUUACAAUUUAUUCUCUUAUUGGAUUUAUCAUCACACUUCUGUUUUUUUGGGCACAAAUAUUCUUUCAUUGGUGCAAAGGAUUCAGCCCCAUAACAUACCAGCAUGAAGGCACGACUCCAGGGUCCUCAGCAACAAGCAGUCCCCACAGGGAAGGCACAGCGCAUCGCUUUGUGCCUCAAGUGCUACAGCCCAGCACUUCCAGACAUGAAGAUGUGGUGAGUGUGCAGAGCCCAGAGGAAGGGUUGUCUGUGCUCCAGAGGACGUACGGCUCGCACUCGGGCGCAGCGGACCUGCUGGCUUCUCCUGACAACGGUGCUUCAUUUGAUCCAAAUCUCAUCACGGCACAGGAUAGAAUUUUGCUGUACCAGGAUUAUGAUGGCACAAACACAGAAGUUUGAAGUGGGUUUACACAACUUUGGCAGUGGUUUUGCAUGAAGAACUGUAGUGACUUCUGGUGUGAGUCUUUUAAUUUGUAAAUACUGUUAUUUAUUGAGGCAAAAACUUCAACUUAUAAUCUGCCAAAGAAAUACUCGUGUUUUUGCAGAUAAUUGUGAUGGAUAGUAUAGUUAACGCUUCAUGUUCAAUGAAGAUCGGAUUGUUAAAAAUGCAAUUUUUCAACAUUAAAUUUUUCUUGUAAAUAUUGUAUGCUGAGGUUUAAAGCUAUUUAUUACAUGUUUGUGCUGGACUGAAAAUUGUUUUGCUAACUGAGCUUUCUGGGAAGUGUUAUGGUGCAUCAUAAGUCUCUCUUCUUUGCAUGUAAACUUGUCACUGACAUGAAUUGAAGUAGCUUAGUUCUCUUCUUAAAAUUUAUUUAAUCACAUAUUUUUAUAAUGUAUUUAUAGAUGUAAUAUUUACUAAGGCUGUGUUUAAUUGCAGUGUAAUCAUGAUUUAUAAAUGAAAUCACAAUUUUGAUAAUUGUGAGAAUAUCAGUAUUGUUUUCCAAUUUCACCUUUUUAUCAAGUGUUUUGGUAGUUGUGGAAUGUUUUGUUUUUUUUCUUUCUCCCAAGGAGAUGCCCAAUUUAAUGUAUCCCUUUUCAUGGUUAUGUACAUAAAAAUUGCUUCAGUGAAAUGAUGUCAUUUAAAAAUUGAUAUUUAAUAUGUUAUAAAACGAGAGGAAAAACUCUGAAUUGUUUUAUCUCCAUACGAUUAGAGGAAAGUUCAAAACCUGUCCCGUUUCAUGCUCUUUGCAUCAUCAAGCUUUUAUGUUAGGUGACCAGUUGUAUAUAAAUAAACAGCCAAAUAACGGAUGCAUUAUUCUAAAUUGGUAGAAUAAAUAAAAAAAAUUAAUUUACUUCGACAUAUUGUUCUGGCUACAGAGGAAUUCCUAAAAAGUAAAAGCCCUUUUACUUCUGUUGCCGUAUCCUUUUAACAAUUCUACCCAUUACACUUUAAUCAUUUUGUAUUAUUAGUUGUAAGUUGGCAUUAAAAAGUAAUUUCUUCCUACAAAUCUUUCAUUUUAAGACAGUCUUUAGCUGUUAUUUGUCAUGCUUGAUGCCUUUUUAUCUAAAAGUCAUCAUCAUCAUAAUCAUUAUUAUAUUAUCACUACUGUUUUACUAUUUUAUACAUUGUAUUUUCCUAGUGUUAUUUUAAACUUAUUAGAUCCUGUUGUAAUUAUGUGUUUUGCUUUUGAAUGUCUUUUCUGCUUCAAUUAUCUAGUCAAAUGCUUAGUCAUUGUGUAAUGAAUUAAACCAAUCCAAUGUUUAGAGUUAAAAUUUGUAUGUGAUAAUUACUGUCAUGUAAAUUAGGCGUUUUGCGUUUGUGAGUGAAUAGGAAUUGAGAUAUUUUAACUUGUUUACCAGGCUUUUUCUAAUAACCUAAUAAUUCUUUCAUAAAUCAUUCCAUUUAACAUAAAGUAACUGAGAGUGCAUUCCAGUUGUUUAAUGAGUGGUUUGAUUUAUUAGCAGCACUACCUACCAAUUUCAACUGGUACUAUUUCUGCUGCAAAAACUCUACUUACCAACAGCAGUUUGUAGAAAUUACAGUAUUUGUAAAUUAAAGGUAUUUAAUAAAUAGUUAUUUGAAUUUGGUUACUGAACAACUGUUUA